UCCCUCUUUCACUUGCUCUCACCCUGUCUAACUCUCUCCAUCUCUUUCCUACUCUCCUCUUUGCACACACACACAUACGCACACACAUACACACACAGAGACACACGGUAUUGUCAACAAAGCUGGAGAACAAGGGACGUUGGGAGACCAGGGGAAUAGAGGUCCACAGAGGAGGAGAGUAACCCACACAGGACCCCCUCAUCAUUUCAUCUGGACACUCGGAGGUACAAGUGGAGGAUCGAAGGAGGGAGAGAAGAGCCAAGGUGACAGUAAACGGGGACAAACACGCACACAGGACGGGGCUCCUUUAAUUCUCUACAUGGUGGUUUGGAUACUCAUAUUAUGUAUGAGAAGUUAACCAUGCUGAACCUACAGAGCGGCUCUAACUGGAGUGGGCCUAACAACUGGUACCAUGAUCCCACUGCAAUUCAGACACAACACAGCACAGUGUCUGAGGGAUGUCUGCUGGACACGGAGGGCAGCAUGGGAGCCGAGGCAGGGGGAGGAGGAGCAGGCAGAGGAGGAGGAGUCCCCGUGGAGCGGGAUGAGGGUGAGGAGUCUCAGCUGAGGCUGCAGCUCAAGAGGAAGCUGCAGAGGAACAGGACCAGCUUCACGCAGGAGCAGAUUGAGGCUCUGGAGAAAGAGUUUGAAAGGACACAUUACCCAGAUGUCUUUGCAAGGGAGAGAUUAGCGAACAAGAUCGAUUUACCUGAGGCCAGGAUACAGGUGUGGUUUUCAAACCGAAGAGCCAAGUGGAGGAGGGAGGAGAAGCUGCGUAAUCAACGGCGGUCAGGCGGUGUGACUUCUUGCUCGCAGAGCCAAGCCCCCCUGAGCACUUCCUUCAACACGUCUGUCUAUCAUCAGCAGCACAGCAGCAGUUCAGGGUCCAUGUUGAGUCAGGCUGAGUCGUCCCUGCCCAGCUACAGCUCCCUGUCAGUUUUCUCAUCUGGAGUCCAGUCAAUUCCUCCCCAAUCGGCCUCCUCCUACUCCUGCAUGUUACCUCCAUCCCCUUCUGCACCGCGCAGCUUUGACUCUUCAGCGUACUCCUCCCCUCAUCUGCAAUCUCCACCCUCAGCCAGUUCCAACACAGGGCUCAUAUCGCCCGGGGUGUCAGUGCCAGUCCAGGUCCCAGGAACUGAGCCGCAGAGCAUGAGUCAGAGCCUGGGCCAGUACUGGGCCAGAUUACAGUGAACAGCACUGCCAACCAGCAUGACAGAAGAAGAAGAAGGAAAAAGGGCAUGUAAAAAAAAAAACAAGUGGCAAGAAAAGAUAUAAGGAAGUACAGGGCUGAGCAAUAGAGGGGCCUCGAAGGGGUUGCAAACCCCAAAAAAUGCAUUAAAUGUUUACAAAUUCAGCCAAGAGCAGCUUUGGUUGCACUUAACAGUACUCCGGUCGUACUGGUGUUAUCUUAGUAUUAACAGGUUGCACUUUUGGGUAGUGUGUUCAUAGCGCUGAGGUCAGGAUUAGGUAUAGGAUCAGUUUGAGGUGUGUUUAGGAUUAGAGUCAGGAUUAAGCCAGGGUUUAAUGCAACAUUUGCUAGUUAAGACUUAGCUUUGGACCCUCCAAAAUUGUGUCACACAGCCUGGCUUUUGCUUUUAUAAAUAUUAUGAUCCAAAAAACAAAGCACUAAAAAAAAAGUCAGGGGAAAAGACUGGAUACACGUCUUCCUAAAUCUUAAUACACCACUCAGAAAAGCCAAAAAUGAAAAAAAAAAAAAACCCUGAUGUUUACAUUUUAGUAUUUUGUUGUAAAAAUGUUGUUUGUUCAGUUCAAUUUGAUUAUACAGUGCCAGUUGACAACAGACAUCAUCUCAAGGGGUUUUAUAUUAUAAGGGAAAGACCCUAUCAUAUUAGAGCGAGAACUUUAUCAGUCUCACAUUAAAACCUGUUUUUAACCUCCAGCAAAACCAUCCUCUGGGAGGUCAGCCAUCCACUACACACGCUUGGGUCGCUGAUUGAACGAGACUGCGGGAGACUGCUGUGAGUUUUAAAUUAUAAAUGGUUCGGAAACUUAACUUGACUUUACUACUAGCUUUCAGCUUAAAGAGAAAUGCUAAAUGCCAGCAUAUGUCAGGCGUAUUGUAAAGUGUAACCACAGUUUCUUGUUACUUGAGCAGCUCAAAGAUUUUGUGAUAGCUAGCUUGUUCCCUAAGCAUAAGCUGUGUGAGGCUACAGUAAAGAUUUUAGACUUGCUUAUGGCAAUCACUUGUACUAAAACUCCCAGAAAAAAAAAAAAAAAAAAUCAUACAAAGUGUAAAUCCUGCCUAUCCUGCCAGCAACAUUACACUGAGA